AUGGCCAUGGAAGAAAAGGUGGUGGAACCGUAUUCAGGCUGGAGACUGUUCUUCAAUGGAGCAGUCAACUACAAAGGAUCAGGCAUCAGAGCGGUGUUGAUAUCGGAAACAGGUCAACACUAUCAGAUGGCUGCAAAGCUAAACUUUAGAUGUACCAACAAUAUGGCGGAAUACGAAGCAUGUAUCCUAAGCCUCCGGAUGGUGCUGGAUAUGAACAUAAAGGAAUUGUUGGUGAUCGGGGACUCCGACUUGCUUAUCAAUCAAGUAAAAGGAAAUUGGGCGACCAAAAAUGAUAAAAUACUCCCAUAUGUGAAUCUGGCACAAAGAUUGUGCGGAAGAUUCAAGAGUAUUGACUUCAGGCAUACGCUAAGGGCUCAAAACGAGUUCGCAGACACAUUAGCCAGGAUAGCGUCUAUGAUCCAACAUCCUGAGAGUGCCCACAUUGAUCCGCUGCAGAUCACGCUGAGGGAAGAGCAAGCUCACUGCGCUCAUGUAGAGGCUGAGCCAGAUGGCCUACCAUGGUGCGUCGACAUCAAGACUUACCUGGAAAGAGGAGAGUAUCCUCUAGAGAGUUCGGCAAAUCAAAAGAAAACCAUCAGGAGAUUGGUUAACGAUUUCUUCUUUAACAAAGAAGUGAUAUACAAAAGGACCCCUGAUCUCGGAUUGCUCAGAUGCGUGGAUGCCGAAGAAGCCACAUAA